UCUGCAGGGCAAAGAUUUAAUACUCAUUCCAUCUUCCAUUGGAAGAACGUCUCCGACUCAUCACCCAAUCGCCUUGUCUCAUCACUCUGCCUCAUCGCUCGGCCUACUGCAAGUCUUCCCUUUCUGGCAAUUCGAUCGACAUAUCACGACAAAAAGUCCAUCCCGCAGAUACGCACCUCAAGCCAUUGGCGAACAAGUCUCGUUCACGACAUUCGAAAAUCACAUCACACACAUCAUGACCUACACGGCCAAACGCUACGAGACGCUUAAGCGUCUGGGAAUCGAGCAACUCCCACCUCUCCACGCCUGCUCAACGAACGAGAGCGAUACGAGCGACAACACUUUCGCCAUCAUCAACCCUCUCACAUCGACAAUGCCCAUUCGUGAACGCCCGGUUCCAGGCCGCAGAUGUCCCACCUGUGCGGCUCGUGGGGCAACGGUGUGGGUCAUCCCCGGCAAGCGCUGUCCAUCAUGCGGCACUGAGGUCUGAUCGAUCAAAAGGGAGAGAUAGCGCGAGGGGACUUUGUGGUUCUUUCGCGCAUCUCGAGGGAAUUGUCUUUGGGGAGCCAUCGCAUGUACCAUAUGUGUGCAUGCAAUUACGCACGCGUGCACGAUGGACAUAUUCGGGCUGGCGUGAUGGCGCAUUGGUUAUCUGUAUCUUUUGAAACGAGCGGGGAGUUAGGGAAACUUGCGGUCUGAAGCAGAUGGAAAUUUCUUGUUACUGGCAAGGCAUUGGACAUACACGUGCACAUGCUGCUCUGCGGGAGUUGGAUGGCAGGAGCAACAGAGGCGUGAUGGCAUUGCUCAAUUCUGUUCUCUUCAUCAUCAGCGUUCUUAGCGUAGCGAGCGCAAAAAGUUUUCUUGUAUGAUAUCGAUAGGUCAAACAAGCCGGGGCGAUGCAUGAGACUUGGGAUAAUUAAUCAACUUGGAUCACUGGUCUGAACAGCAAA